CCGACUGCCGAGUAUGUAGGAAGGUUUCCUGCGACACAAUUCUGCGAGGAUUACCGACUGCCGAGUGUGUAGGAAUGUUUCUGCGACACAAUUCUGCGAGGAUUACCGACUGCCGAGUGUGUGAGAAUUGGUCAACUGGAAUAAAUGGACUUGGUCGCAGUGCAAGGUGGCGCAGUGCAACAGGAUUGACUAAAAGCAAGAGGGACUUUGUAAAAAGAGAGUCAUUGCCACUCUAGGGGGAGCUCAAGAGAGGGAGAGUCGCUCAAUUGGAAAGCAAUUUCGUCGUCACAUGCCCUUCGGUCUGAUCCCUAAUGCAAUAGAUUUGGUCUGUUUUGAGUGUCGUUCAAGGUAUAUGUCCUCAUCAUGCUUCUCUCCUCAGUUCGCUUUGCUUUCCUGUUUAGUUUGUCUCGUUUAAGUCUUGGCUAUGUGUGGGUUCGUGAUUACACCAAGUAUGCCGAUCGAGAGUUAGCCUGGUCCAGGUGAUUGUGGUACCACGAAUCACAUCACCGAACAACUUCUUCACCAACAUUGUUUCAUUGACUAGGUCUUCGCGUCUAGAGUUUGACAUCACCACGAAGUCUGCAUGUGGGAAGUGGAUUGUGAGAGAGGCGGCUCAACCAUUCUGGAGACGGCAAGGUUUGGGAGAGCAUUUAGUACACUAUCUUGAACACUGGGUCGUCUUCGUGGGGAAGAGAUUUUGGAGUUGUCGGAUUGGGAGUCCAAUUUCUUUUCUUUUUUCUACGAAAACAGGGGAGAUCCGUCAAUGGAACCGCAAACUGAUGAAGGUCUGUUACAGCGGCAGCACCGGCAGCAAUGUGGGCGGUGUGGAUCUUAUCAUGGAGGGCCAUGUGGUGCAUUUAAACGAGGGGUUGCGCUGGUGUCAUACUUGAUUGAGCACUCUAACGGAUUAACCAGAUGGACCUUUGUUGAUAUGACUGUUCGUCUGCGGAGGCUCGCAAAAGUUCACGCUACGGAAGGCGCUGAAGAUACAAUUGAUGGUGAUGUGGUCACUGACACGUUUGUGUUGGGGACUAUGCUGUUUUAUCACCAAUGCGCAACUGCUGCAUAUGAGCUCAAGGAAGUUUUAAAACCAAUGCUUCUAGACCCGAAGGAGGAGAUGUUCCUGCUCAAACUCACACCCGACGCAGGAUUCGCGAAGCCUUCCUACUUCGUUGCAGUUGUUCAUAGUCGAAGACUAGUGGUUCUCAGCAUCCGUGGGUCAUUUGAGGCUGCCGAUUUGUUGACAGACUUCGUCCCUGACACAGAAGCCUUUCAAGACGGGAUUGCCUGUAAGGGGAUGCUCGACUCGGCGAGACAUCUUCUGAACAAAGAGGCGUCCUUCCUGAGACACCUGCUCACAGAGCGAUUUCCGGGUUACAAGCUCGUCAUGGUGGGGCAUUCCCUGGGAGGUGCUGUUGUUUCUCUCUUGACGAUGCUUGUUUGCGGUGAUCCCACAAUCCUUGGCAUCCCCCUGACGGCUGUGGAAUGUUGGGGCUAUGGGUGUGCUCCCUGCGUUGAUAGAGGACUAGCCAUCCAUCCUCGCUACAAGAACAUUCACAAUGUCGUUCUGCAGGAUGAUAUCGUACCACGUCUCCAUCCAAAUAAUAUUGAGAGAUUGCACUCCGAGAUUCAAAAUGUAUCCGAGAAUCAGCAUUCGAGGGAUGGAACAGUGAAGGAGGUAGCUAAGAGGUUUGGACGUAUUCUCGAAAAAACUUUUGAUAAAGCAAUCUCUGUUACAGCUGGCGGACUCAUCCGUGAAUUAGCCAGGAGAAAUGCAGUGGCUGCGGAGAGACCCGAUCUUGUUGUUCCUGGCAAACUCUACCACAUCAAACGGAACAAACUCAGAGAGGAAGAGCGAGGCCCAGUUUCUUUGCCAGAACCAUGUCAACCAUUUAGCUUAUGGGAAGGAGUUCAGGGUGAUAUCUUCAAAUACAAGCACCAUGUAAUCCGUGGCACGAACCCUUCCCAGAGGUUUGGUAGAAUCAUUGUCUCCCUGAAGUCUGGGAUGGAUCACCUCUAUAACAGUUAUCGUGAUGCUCUUGUAGACGCCAAAGUACGCUCUUAGUGACGCAAUUUUGUAGAGAAAUAUCCGUACAAUUAGAGUAGAAAACAUAAGACUUUUCUUAAAUUUGAGCAGCUGUUAUAUUCAAACCUGUCUGCUGAGCGGUGGAGAAACACUGUAGAUGAAGCAGGUGCAUGGUCCCCCUGAACUGGGCAUUAGGGAACCAGGAGCCUUCGUGGUUUCAUGUUCUAUUUCCAGGUCUGUGACCUUGUAGCGAUCAGCAAGCUCUGAACCAUAUCAUAGGUGCUGCUCAGGUACCUUAUUUUCAUUUUCAAACUUUUUGCAUAAUUAGUACUAAGGCCCCUAUAAAAUGUUUCAAGGCUUUGUCUUCUAGGUUCAA